GUGCGUGUGCGUGUGCGCGCGCGAGAGUGUGUUGGUGUGUGUCUCAGGGUGCGAUCUGCGGAAUGAGGCGGUUUCCUGACUGAACAACAGAGCCACACACACACACACACACACACACACACACACACACAGACGCGCGCGCGCAGAGGCUGGAGAGGAGGAAGGAGGAAGGCGCUUUAAGGGAGAGACGUGCAGGGAAUAAACACCGAACCGAGGAGCUGAAAUACAGGAGGCGCGAGAUGACGGAAGGCAGGCUCUGCCAAGUUCACCUCCUGGAUGACAGGAAGCUGGAGCUGCUUGUACAGCCAAAGCUGCUGUCCAGAGAACUCCUGGACUUGGUUUCUUCUCAUUUCAACCUUAAAGAAAAGGAAUACUUUGGGAUUACCUUCAUCGAUGACACGGGCCAGUGUAAGUGGCUGCAGCUUGACCGCAGAGUACUAGAUCAUGAUUUCUCUAAGAAGACCGGUCCAAUCGCUCUCAAGUUCCUGGUCCGGUUUUAUAUUGAGAGUAUAACAUUUCUUAAGGAGAACACAACAGUGGAAUUAUUUUUUCUGAAUGCAAAGACUUUGGUUUACAACGGUGACAUCGAGUUGGAAAGCGAACAUGUUUUCAAACUAGCCGCUUACACGUUGCAGGAGGCGAAGGGAGACUAUACAAGUGAUGAGAACACUAGAGCAGACCUGAAGAAGUUGCCCACACUUCCUACCAAGGUCCUGAAGGAGCAUCCAUCACUUGCGUACUGUGAAGACAGAGUGAUAGAGCAUUACAAGAAGCUGAAAGGACUCACUCGAGGACAGGCCAUUGUGCAGUAUUUGACUUUGGUGGAAUCCCUACCAACAUAUGGCGUUCAUUAUUAUGAAGUAAAGGACAAACAAGGGAUCCCCUGGUGGCUGGGAGUCAGCUAUAAAGGCAUCGGCCAAUACGAUUUACAAGACAAGCUAAAACCAAGAAAGUUGUUCCAGUGGAAGCAGCUGGAAAACCUGUAUUUUCGGGAGAAGAAAUUUGCUGUUGAGGUGAACGAUCCUCACAGGAGGACCGUUUCCAGACGCACGUUUGGGCAGGCGGGCCUGGUCAUCCACACAUGGUAUGCUAGCCACUCUCUGAUCAAAACCAUUUGGGCUAUGGCCAUCAGCCAGCACCAGUUCUACCUUGACCGUAAGCAGAGCAAGGCCAAAAUAAGCACAGCACGGAGCUUGGGCGACAUUGCCUUGGAUCUGACUGAGGCAGGAGCACCCCGAACCAGUAAACUGGGAGUUAUGGACGGCAAAGACAGGUUCAUCAUGGCCAGCAACGGUAGCCUAGUUUCAGCAGGCUCAGCUGACUCCGAGGCGAAUGAGGAGCAGAAAAAGGAGAAGAUCUCGGAACUGAAGAAGAAGGAGAAAGAGCUGCAGGACGUCCUGGCUCUGAAGAUUGAGGAACUUAAGAAGAUCUGUCUGAGAGAAGCUGAACUAACAGGCAGACUUCCUAAGGAGUAUCCUCUGGCCUCUGGAGAAAAACCCCCUCAGGUCCGCCGUAGAGUGGGCACCACAUUCAAACUGGACAACGUUUUUCCUUAUGACCAGGACUCCCACCUGAGAACCUUGGAGGGCCGCUUUGCCUUGCAGCAAAAGAUAGUAGAGGCAGCGAAGAAGCUGGCUGGAGAGUCCGAGCUCUGUAAGACAGUGAAGAAAAAGAGGAGGAAAAACCUGCUGGAUGCCAUGAGGAAGCUUCAGGAAAUUGAGGACGAAAUCAAUGAAUACCGCAUCAAAACGGGCAAGAAGCCUACGCAAAGAGCGUCCUUGAUCAUAGCAGACGAGACCCUCCCUUUUGAACUGAACUCUUUAGCUGACAGCUUGGUUCUGGAUGACGACGAGCCAGUCGGAGCUCAGAGGCAGCGAUCACGGUCUGUUCAGUACUCCCCCCCAUCCUCGGAGGUCCUUGAGUACCACCCUGAUCGCCGGGCCUCAGCCAAUGAUCAGCACCAGGACAUAGGCUUUGGCAGAUUAGGGUACAGUGACAUUCAGGACUCGUACUACAAUUAUAGAGAAACCUUAUCGACUCACAGCAGCCCAUGCAAGCCGACUUCCAGGCAGCCUCGUGAUGCCCGCAGUGUACCCCAGACUCCUGUCAUGACUCGCAAUGCCUACAGCAGCACCCAGCUAAGGUCCGAAGAGAGCCCCCAGCACUUCCGGCAGCGAAGUGGAAGUCUGGAGUCCCAAUGCCAACUACCGCCAGAGGGCAACUCCCAUAGGCCGGGUUUCACUCUGUCCAACCCUCGGCGAAGUAACAGCACUGAGGUCCUGGAUGACGGUUCUUCCUACACCAGCCAGUCGAGCACCGAGUAUAGCACCCCUGGCAUCGCCACCUCUCGGACCCGGGACCGCCGUCGCCACAGGCAGGGCAACAUCUAUGCCAACACAGGCAGCAUGCCAAACCUGGCGCAGAGCGAGUCCCGACAUUACAGCUGCCAGGCUUCAGCGCUUCACACGCACACUGCAUACUAUGUGACGGGCUACACAGCCUACCCGUGCUAUGCUGACCCGGAGCCGUACUCCAAUGGCCCCUACGUCUAUGAGAGUGAGCUGGAGGGCCACUACAAUCUGAACCCAUCCUACCAGGUGCCCACCCUCCAUGGACCUGACCGCUAUGGUCGCUAUGGUGAUGAUGAGACAGAUGGCCUCCCACAGAACUUGUAUGCCACUAUGCGACCCCCUAGGAGCCGGCCAGUGGCCAAGCAUCUCCAGAGGGCACUGGUGGAGGAGCACCUGCGGGGCUGGUACAACCGAAAUGCGGGUAACAAGCAGGCAGCCUCCAGCUACGACAGGGGUUCUCAGCAAAGCCUUGGAUAUCAGACCAUGCCAGCUCCCUUUGGACACUCCAGCCGUGCAAUGUCCUAUUCCUCAGUGUCGUCGGUAUCUGGUGUAAGAAAUUGGCGCAGUCACUUAUCUGUGGGUGUAACGGACUAUGACCCUCCCGCAUCGCCACAGCAGCCGUACCCAUCGUCCUACAGCACCCUCCACAGCAGGUCAUACAUAGAUGCGAAUCAUUUGGAAACACCCAUCAGCACCCAAAUGCAUAGCAGUUUGGAUCCAGAAGACCAGAUGUUAUACUGGCACGAGAACUCAAAACCUGGAACUAUUGUAUAGGGUGACAGCAGCAACUGUUGUCUUGACAGAUUUUUGUUUUGUAUUUACGUGCCUUGGACCAUGCUUUUUUUUGUCUCAUGGGCAAAGGUUUCCAAAGAAGCCAAAGGCGAUACAUCGAAGGAAUGAAACUGUACAGGAAGGCAACGCGUGUGUUCCAUUCCAUGUGUGAACAGCUUCCUUCACAUGCACAGUGGAGUGCAGCCUGUAAAUGUUGUGGCUGAAUGUCAUUGUGCCACGGCAGUAUGAGGACGCAAGUGUUAACUUUAAGAAGAGGACUAUCCUCAGGUUCAUGGCUCUGUCACUGCAGUGGGGUAUGUCCAAGCUGUGACUCGCACCUCGUUCCUCACUGAGCUGGAAGCACAGACCUCCACACCCUUCCAGUCAGAACUGCCCAGACAAAGGUUUCUUGGGGCUCUUCUGCAAGGGAGCAUUUAGUGUUGCAGAACUGAAGUUCAAACCCUACUGGCUUGACCGGAAUGAGAAGAUUUUUACAGGUAACCUGUAGAGUCCCACUGCGGGCAGUUUGAAGACUCAGUCUUACCAGUUCUUUAAAGUUACUGAAAUUCCCUCAGUAUGCCUUGCUUUAGUAGCCUGGUACGGCUGCAGUGACUGUUCAGAUUACCAGUGGGUCAAACAAUCUCACAGAAGACCCAUCGCAGAGGGAAUGGUUAUGUCUAGCACUGACUCAGCACUGUUUCCACCACUGCUUCAUUAACACUAGAUAGUGUUGUCAAUGUUUUUUUGCGUUGCUGACUUAGAAAUGUUCAAAAUUUGCACAUCUUUCACUCUAGUACUUAGUACUGUAUAGCUGAAGAACUGUAAACUACUUUGUAUAUUGCUGUUACAAAUUAUGGGGCCUAUUUUUCAUUUUCUGUAUUUAAGUAUUUUCAUAUACCUGCCAAAUAUCACAGUUGGAUGGACUAUUUUUUUUCCAUUUUAAAACUUUAUCGUGGAUUAAAGCUAUAUUACUCAUUUUGUUGAUACUCUUCAGCUUUUAUCUUUUUUAAAUAUCAUUCAUUAGCACAUAAGAGGGACAUUUAUAGAAGAUUUUUUUUUCCAAAGUAGGUAUUGCAUCCCAUGCUGGAAUCCAUGGACCGGUGCUCUUUUCCUCCUUAAGUAUUUGUACAUAACAUUGUAUAUAGGCUGUUUGUUGUUGUUUUUUUUAAUUCUAGUUUUUGUGAACUUUUUGUUGAAGCAUGUAAUAUAUGGUAAGCAAUCCACUUUGGUAAGCUGGUUCUUAGUAUUUGUAUUCAUUUCAAUUA